UAAAACUUCUUAAAAUUUCCCCCAAAUCCCCCUUUCUCUCUCUCUCUAUAUAUCUCUCUCGGCGGACAUCUUCUCCCGUAAGCCGUCGUAUAACCCUAUUUUCCCCGACGUAAUCUCCGAUCGUUAACGUUUGUAGUAAGUGCAGCUGGAGUGUGAGUGACUUUGGUUUCGGGUUAGGGUUAGAAUGGCUUAUUAUAGAAACUAUACGAAUGGAACGAUUCCGGAUGGUGUUUUGAACGACGAGAACCAGGGCGGUGGAACUUUGGGAAACGAUUAUUUGGAAGGAACGUCGAGUAUGGAUAAAGGGAAGGUGGAAGAUGAUGGCGAACCGUACGUUAUGGGAUCGUUAAAUGAGCCACCACCUGAGGAUGAUGAUGAUAGCUUAUUGAAUCUACCGAAUUCUAAUGUAAAUAGUAGUAAUAAUAAUAAUAAUACAAGGAAAGCAACAGGAAGAUGGGGUUCGACGUUUUGGAAGGACUGUCAGCCUAUUAAUAAUCGAAAUGGCUCGGAGUCUGGUCAUGAGUCAAAAAGUAGUUCUGAGUAUAACGUUGAAGAGGGGUCCGGAAAUGAUUUUUCAGAAGUUGAUAAGGCAAAUAAAGGUCAAAAUGUAGAUGAGAUGUUGUCUGAUGAUUAUUACGAGCUGGAUGGAGAUGAUCAAAGCGAUUCAAUGCACCAUAAGUUUAUAAAUAAUGCAGCUGGUUAUAAUUCAGUAGCACAGCCGCAGGUUGUUGCCAAUAACUUUGCGUAUAGAAAGAAGCCAAAAUCUUCAUAUGGGGCUGACUAUGUGGAAGAUGUUGAUUUUGAAGAUGAUGAGGAAGAAGAUGAAGAUGACCCUGCUGAUGCUGAUUUUGAUCCAGCUUCGAUCCCUACAAGUGUUGGAAGAGGGAAGAAGGGACUUGAUGAAGAUUGGGAGGGUGAAGAAUUAGACGAAGAUGAUAACUUUGAUGAAGAUGAAUUAGACAUUUCAGAUGAUGAUUUUUAUAAGAAACCAAGUGGCACACAGAGGCAGAAGCGCGGACGUAGUAGUUCAAAGUUUAAUAGAGAACCCAAACCAUCUACAUCUUUCAGUCGAAGGAAAAGAGGAAGAAUAUCGUAUGAUGAAGAAGAGUCCUCAGCAAAUGAUUCAGAUGAUGAUAUUGAAGAGGACUUUAAAAGUACAAGGAGGAGGAGUAGUCAUCCACGCAAAGAAAUUGGUGGUCGAUCUUUUUCUACAAAAGGCUCUGGGAAGAACAAUGAAGUUCGAACUUCAACUAGAUCGGUACGGAAAGUAUCAUAUGUUGAAAGUGAUGAAAGCGAAGACCAUGGUGAAGAUAUCAAGAGAAAGGGCCUCAAGGAGGACAUGGAAGAGGAAGAUGGCGACUCCAUUGAGAAGGUGCUCUGGCAUCAGCCAAAGGGCAUGGCAGAAGAAGCUGCUCGAAAUAACAAAUCUACAGAGCCUGUAUUGCUGAACCAUUUAUUUGACUCAGAGACAGAUUGGAACAAUACUGAGUUUUAUAUCAAAUGGAAAGGCCAAUCACAUCUGCAUUGUCAAUGGAAAUCAUUUUCUGAACUACAAAAGUUGAGUGGCUUUAAGAAGGUGGUAAAUUAUACCAAAAAAGUUAUGGAGGAAAUCAGGCACAGGAGAACAGUAUCUCGCGAGGAGAUUGAGGUCAUUGACGUAAGCAAGGAGAUGGAUCUAGAUCUUAUCAAGCAGAACUGUCAGGUUGAGAGAAUAAUUGCCGACAGAAUCAGCAGAAGUUUGGGAGUGCCAGAGUACUUGGUCAAGUGGCAAGGACUCUCGUAUGCUGAAGCAACAUGGGAGAAGAUUGAUGACAUUUCUUUCGCGCAAGCAGCAAUUGAUGAAUACAAGGCUCGAGAGGCUGCUCUUGAAGCUGUCCAUGGGAAAUUGGUAGAUUUCCAGCGAAGAAAGAGUAAAGCAAGUUUGAGAAAACUUGAUGAACAGCCUGAUUGGCUAAAAGGCGGGAAACUGAGAGACUAUCAACUUGAAGGUUUGAAUUUUCUUGUCAAUAGUUGGAGAAAUGAUACGAAUGUGAUAUUAGCUGAUGAGAUGGGCCUUGGCAAAACAGUUCAGUCAGUUUCAAUGCUUGGAUUUCUUCAGAACUCACAACAAAUUCAUGGACCAUUUCUUGUUGUUGUUCCUUUAUCGACUUUGUCAAAUUGGGCUAAAGAGUUCAGAAAGUGGCUUCCUGAUAUGAACGUCAUUGUAUAUGUUGGGACUCGUGCUAGUCGUGAGGUCUGUCAGCAAUACGAAUUUUUCUCUGAUAAGAAGACGGAUGGCACCACAAAGUUUGAUGCGCUAUUGACUACAUAUGAAGUAUUACUGAAGGAUAAGAUGGUGCUAUCAACAAUUAAGUGGAACUAUCUUAUGGUUGAUGAAGCACAUAGAUUGAAAAAUAGUGAAGCGUCAUUAUAUAUGGCACUCAAGGAAUUCAGGACAAAAAACAAGCUCCUUAUUACUGGCACUCCUUUGCAAAACAGUGUUGAAGAACUAUGGGCCUUGCUUCACUUUCUCGACUCAGAUAAAUUCAACAGCAAGGAUGAAUUUGUGCAGAAUUACAAGAAUCUUAGUUCGUUUAAUGAAAUUGAGCUUGCAAAUCUCCAUAUGGAGUUGCGGCCCCACAUUUUGCGAAGAGUUAUAAAAGAUGUGGAGAAGUCCCUGCCUCCAAAGAUUGAGCGUGUUCUCCGGGUUGAAAUGUCACCUCUACAGAAGCAGUAUUAUAAGUGGAUUUUGGAACGCAACUUUCGUGACUUAAAUAAAGGUGUUCGUGGGAAUCAGGUUUCUCUUUUGAACAUUGUGGUUGAGUUGAAGAAAUGUUGUAAUCACCCAUUCUUGUUUGAAAGUGCUGAUCAUGGUUAUGGUGGGGACUCCGUAAUUACUGGUAGCAGUAAAUUGGAACGUGUAAUUCUCAGCAGUGGGAAGCUAGUUAUCUUGGACAAGCUUCUAGAUAGGUUGCACGAAACAAAUCACCGGGUUUUAAUAUUUUCACAGAUGGUUAAGAUGCUGGAUAUUCUAGCAGAUUAUUUGUCUAUUAAGGGAUUCAAGUUUCAAAGACUCGAUGGAAGCACAAAGGCUGAGGUACGCCACCAAGCUAUGGAGCAUUUUAAUGCCCCUGGCAGUGAUGAUUUCUGCUUCCUUCUUUCUACUCGUGCUGGUGGUUUAGGUAUCAACCUUGCGACGGCCGAUACAGUCAUCAUCUUUGACUCUGACUGGAAUCCUCAAAACGAUCUGCAGGCAAUGAGCCGAGCUCAUAGAAUCGGACAGCAAGAUGUUGUUAAUAUCUAUAGGUUUGUAACAAGCAAAAGUGUUGAAGAAGACAUUUUGGAACGUGCAAAAAAGAAGAUGGUACUUGAUCAUUUGGUUAUUCAGAAACUAAAUGCUGAGGGAAGAUUGGAGAAGAAAGAAGCAAAAAAAGGGAGUGGAUUUGACAAGAAUGAGUUAUCUGCUAUUUUAAGAUUUGGAGCAGAGGAGCUGUUUAAAGAAGAUAGAAAUGACGAAGAAAACAAAAAGCGCCUUCUAAGCAUGGAUAUUGAUGAAAUUCUUGAAAGAGCUGAGAAAGUUGAACAGAAAGGAACUGGAGAAGAAGCAGGGCAUGAAUUGCUGAGUGCAUUUAAGGUUGCAAAUUUCGGUUCUGCAGAAGAUGAUGGAAGUUUUUGGAGUCGCUGGAUAAAACCUGAUGCCGUUGCACAAGCUGAUGAAGCUUUAGCUCCUCGAGCUGCACGGAAUAGCAAGAGUUAUGCAGAGGCUGUCCCACCUGAAAGAAGUAAUAAGAGGAAAAAGAAGGGUGUUGAAUCACAAGACAAAGCGAUGAAGCGCCGGAAGCCUGAUUAUUCUAGCUAUCAACCACCAGCACUUGAGGGAGCUUCUGCACAAACAAGAGGGUGGUCAUAUGGCAGCUUGCCGAAGAGAGAUGCUACACGAUUUUUUCGUGCGGUUAAGAAGUUUGGAAAUGAUAGCCAAAUUAGCUUAAUAGCAGCCGAGGCUGGUGGAUCUGUUGAAGCUGCUCCGGUAGAGGCACAGGUUGAGCUUUUUGAUGCGUUGUUGGAUGGUUGCAGAGAAGCAGUUAAGGGAGGGAUUCUGGACGCGAAGGGUCCUUUGUUGGAUUUUUUUGGUGUCCCUGUAAAGGCUGAUGAAUUACUAAGCCGUGUCGAAGAACUUCAACUCCUUUCAAAGCGCAUUAACCGCUACAAUGAUCCAAUCUCACAGUUUCAGGCUUUGAUGUACCUGAAACCUGCAACUUGGUCCAAAGGUUGUGGGUGGAACCAGAAGGAUGAUGCAAGGCUGCUACUGGGAAUCCAUUAUCAUGGAUUUGGGAAUUGGGAAAAGAUAAGGCUGGACGAAACGCUUGGCCUUUUGAAGAAGAUUGCUCCGGUGGAACUUCAGCAUCAUGAAACCUUUCUACCACGAGCUCCCCAAUUGAAAGAACGAGCUUCUCAACUUCUUGAAAUGGAACUUGUGGCUGUUGGUGGUAAGAAUUCUGGGAAUAAAGGGGGUCGUAGGGGUUCUAAAAAGCAGAAGGAUCAUCCUCCCAACAUGCCAACUUCACGUGGCAGAGGCAAACAAUGGAGACAAGGAUCCCCAGAAUUAAAAGUCCAAAAUAGUAAACUGAGGAUGACCCGUGGCAAGAAAAAUGAGGCUUUGGUUAAAGAGGAAGGUGAAAUGUCAGACACUGAAGAAGUGUAUGAACAGUUCAAGGAAGUAAAAUGGAUGGAAUGGUGUGAAGAUGUCCUAACAGAAGAGAAAAAGACCCUCGAGCGUCUUCACAGAUUACAAACCACCAGUGCAGAUCUUCCUAAAGAAAAGGUUCUUCAGAGAAUUAGAACUUAUUUACAGCUUCUUGGGCGAAAGAUUGAUCAAAUUGUUACCGACCACGAAGAGGAUCUUCAUAAGCAAGAAAGGAUGACAACACGACUAUGGAAUUAUGUCUCAACCUUUUCAAAUUUAUCGGGUGGCAAACUUCAACAGAUCUAUACCAAACUCAAACAAGAGAAAGAGGCUGCAGCAGGAGCGGGUACUUCCCAAAUGAAUGGAAGAGGUUUUAGAAAUGAAGCAUAUGAUCAAUCAUCUGCAUUGAUAAAUAAAGGCCUUGAUACAGCAAAAUUUGAAGCAUGGAAAAGGAGAAGAAGAGCCGAUUCUGACCCGAAUACUCAUUUACAACCACAAUUGCCGCCACGGGCUUUCAUUAAUGGUACCAUGCGCCUACCCGAUACAAGUUUGGGAAUUCUUGGGGCUGCACCAUCUGACAGUAGACCCUUUACUGAAGAUAGGCCUCAUAGGACACGCCAGCCUGCUUUUGGUCAUAAACAAGGUUUUACAUGAGGUAUCAAGUCUAUAUAUAGUUCCACUUACUAUUGAGGACCAGACAAUUGUGGGUUGCAAUCUCUGCCCUCAUUCAAAACUCAAUUUUUGGCUCAUGGAAAUAAAGCAUAAAGCAUAUUCGUUUGUGUAGCCGUAUAACAAUGCUGCAAUAAGCAGGUGGUGAUUCUGAGGAUCAUUCGAUAUCUGCCUCACAAAGAAACAAAGGACAUAGUAAAUGGAAUCAUGCAACCAUAGAAGCUUUUGGUCUUAUUUUUUCCUUAUAUAUAUAUUUUUUUAAAAUUGAUUUAGGGACUUGGUUCGUUUUCUCAUUUAUAGUGAGUGGUUAACGGAUUUAGUAGCUCCCUUUUGAGAUAUAGAAAACAGUUUGUAUGUAUCCGAAAUUGUACACUAUCAUGGUUUUGGUGAAACCAAAUGCCAGCCGCUUUUUGAUGUUA